GAAAACACGAUCGCAAUCAGAGAAAACAUCUUUAAUGUGUUACCGUGUCGCAUUCUCAAAGCACGAGCAGAACAGGGAGCGCGCACUCUGUACCCCCCUCCUUCCCCUCCCAAACAGCCGCACAUCCAGCAUCCAGCUUCAACUGCUGUAGGGGGCCACAUGCAUUGAAGGGACUAGCGUGAAGGCGCCCGGUUCCUCUCUGUGCUCGAGCCGUUUCACCGUGCGCGCUCCCGCUCAGAGACAGGCUUCGGGGAGACCGGAGAGCAGACCAGCGGCAGCGGGGAGAGAGAAAGAUGGAGGUGAGGGUCGGGGAGAGACUCCUGUGCCUGGCUGUGCUGUCCAGCGUCUUCUUCGUGGAUUCAGUCCUCGGGAAAUACGUCAAAGGCAUCGUCAACACCAAAGAGGACUGGGUUUUCCUCACUCGCUUCUGCUUUCUGACCGACUUUGGACGUCUGGACUUCCGGUUUCGCUAUCCAAAGUCUCGCUGCUGUCAGAACAUAUUGCUCUACUUUGAUGACAGUUCUCAGUGGCCAGCUGUGUACAAGAGGCACGAAAAGAACUGCUACCAGAAGGAAGCGGUGCUGCGGCCAGAGAACAACCAGGUCAUCAACCUCACCACACGCUACACCUGGUCAGGCUGUGUGGUGGAGGGAGACGGGAAUGAGGAGGUUCUGAGCUGCGUGGGUGGCCGUAGUUUUCGCUCAGUGAGGGAGAGAUGGUGGUACAUCGCUCUCAGCAAGUGUGGGGGCGAUGGCUUGCAGCUGGAGUACGAGAUGAAACUGACCAAUGGCCAGUCUUUCUGGACGCAGCAUUUCUCUGCAGAUGAGUUCGGAAUCUUGGAGACGGACAUCACGUUCCUGGUCAUCUUCUCCUUGGUGUUCCUCCUCUCCUGCUACUUUGCCUACAAUCUGAAGGGAAGACAGCUUCUUCACACAACCUACAAAAUGUUUAUGACGGCGGCAGGUGUGGAGGUGCUCAGCCUGUUGUUCCAUUGUGUCUACUGGGGCCUGUAUGCUAGAGAUGGAGUUGGCAACGGCAGCCUGAAAAUACUUGGGAAAUUACUGUUCUCUGUCAGUUUCUUGGUGUUCCUUCUGAUGCUCAUAUUGUUGGGCAAAGGUUUCACUGUCACCAGAGCGAGGAUCAGUCACAGUGGGUCAGUUAAGCUGAGCAUCUACAUGACAGUCUACACAAUCACCUACGUCAUCCUCUUCAUCUACGAGGCAGAGUUCUUUGACCCAGGUGAAGUGCUGUACGCCUAUGACAGCCCCGCAGGCUACGGACUGAUGGGCCUGCAGCUGCUGGCCUACGUGUGGUUCUGCUACGCCGUGCUGGUCUCUCUGAAACACUACCCUGAGAAACAGCCCUUCUACAUCCCUUUCUUCACCACGUACACACUAUGGUUUUUCGCAGUGCCUGUUAUGGCUUUGAUCGCCAACUUUGGGAUUCCUCGUUGGGCCCGGGAGAAGAUCGUCAACGGCAUUCAGCUCGGCAUCCACCUCUACGCUCACAUCGUGUUCCUCGUUAUCACAAGACCCUCGGCAGCCAAUAAGAACUUCCCAUAUCAUGUUCGGACGUCCCAGAUUGGGAUCCUGCUGUCCAGUCCGAAAGCAGGCGAGGGGGCAGAGAGUUUCCCCCAUCAUGCCUAUGGAAAUGGCUCCUUCCUGGGAGACUCUCAACCAAACUUUACUGAACUCUUCUCCAUCCAAUCAGACCCGGUGAAGACAGUGGAGGAGACGGUGGCCCGUAAAGGACCCGAGGUGCCAAGGAACAGCGAGCAGAAGAUCAUCACCACUGCUGCCGACUUGACGGCGAUAUUGCCCCCACCUCUGCCUCAGAUACCCCCACGCCUGGCCACAUGCUCACCCUCACUCCCGCCCCGACUCCCUUCCUUCACAGAGUAUUUCAGCAUGCAGAGCGGAGGAGGCGGAGGAGGAUUUGGAACGAAGGCAUGAGAUGGUACAGAGGGAGAGGGGGAAAGGCGUUGAAGGAACAGACAGAAUGACAAUACAAAGUAGAGUAAGAGUCAGAGUGGAAAUAAAGGUGUUACUGUUAAAAGACGGCCAAAAACAAGUUUGGAUGGGCGAAUAAGAGAAAUCAUCAGAAAAGUGAAACGGUCCCUUUUCACCUGUGAAUGGAAAUAACCGAAUGGAAGAGUGAGGGGGAAAUGUCUGAGAGAUAGGAGUGCUCAACUUGUUAAAGAAUAAAAAAGCAAUAAAAAUUUGAUGUUGACCAGUAAAUGGCACACAGGGAGAAAGAUGACAAAGUGGAUGUAGCCAGAGCAAUAGGAUGAUAGCUGUGCACGGUGCGGAAAUGAACAAAAUUCUUGAAAUACUUCUGUUCAAAAAUUCAUGAGGCAUUGAGGAUGGUGUAUCUGGAGGAGUUUGUAAAUAGCAAAAACAGGAGAGAGCUAUCACUCUAUAUAGUUUUAUUUCAAAAAAGGAAAUUUGUUGUCAUAUUUUUUUCCACAUUAUUAGAUUCCAGUUGGUGCUGUGACCAUCAGAAAAAUAUCAUGCCAUUACAUUUAUCCAAGUCAUGUAAAAAAAACAAGACUUUUUUUAUGUUUGACACAUUUUGAUAAAGCAUAGAUAUUAUAUGGAGUUUAUUGGGUUACUUUAUAUUCUUAUAUGCCUUCAUUGCAGCUGGUUAUUCUGGAUUGAUAUACUGAUGUGUUGAUGUAAAAUGUCACGUUUACUGUGGGCACUUCUAGGUACUCGUAAAACACGCAUGUUUGUAUCGUAUUCCCCGUCCAAAAAA